GGUUCUUCCAAGCGAUUCACUCCAAUCUGGUCAGCUCGAUCGUUUCCUUGCCAAGCAGCGAACAAAUCGAUCAUGUUUUCGAUCGCUUCUCCCGCCUCUCCCGCCGCCGCGGUCGCCACUCCCAGAACCCCUCGGUACAGGCGCAGCGUCUCCGCCUCCGCAGCCAUGGUCAGCGCUCCGGUGCAGACCGCCAACAUGUACGAUCUGCUCUCCGUGUCCCACACCGCGGGGACCGACGAGAUCCGGAGCGCCUACCGGCGGCUGGCCCUGCUGUGGCACCCGGACGCGUGCCGCUCCGCGGGGGAGGAGCGCCGCUACGCGGAGCGCUUCAUGGAGGCGCGCGAGGCCUACGAGGUGCUCUCCGACCCCGUCCGCCGCCGCAACUACGACCUCUCCCUCUCCGGGGACCGCUGGGCCGCCGCCGUCGGCGCCGCCCCGGCCUUCCGCGAGGGCCGCGCUCGCAGGCAGGAUGCUGGAGUCACUGCGUUCGGGAACUGGGACCUGCAGCUCGACGGGCUCCGGAGGAGGUCCGCCGUGGCGGAGACCGGCGAGGAGGAGACCUGGGGCAACCGCUUGCGCCGCGCCCGCGCCGCCCGCAACGCCGAGCAGUUCGUUUGAUGGUUGGAUUUUAGGAUAAAUUGGACGGCUGCGAUCGUCCAAGUGGUUUGAAUCAUCAUCGUGUUUUGUAAAAUGAACGAUCAAGAUCUACGCACCGGCAACUGUAGUAAACCAAGUGAUUGUAGAUAUCAAUGAAUAAAUAUUUCAGCUCUUUCUUAUAUAAAAAA